UGGGUCAGCCGGGAUGAUUUGCCUCCUGGGACCACUGCAGUUCCCUUCCGAAUCGAUCCCGAAGCUUUUGACCAGGUCUUCGAACGUGGAAGCAGGCCCUGACUGCCAUCGAUGACGGCAAAGGGAUCAUGGCUAAAAAAGAAAGGGUCCUUUUUUUUCUCACUGACAUUGCGGAUGGAUACAACCAGCUUGAGCUUGGUGCCCUCCGUCUUUCUCACCCGGCAGUCCCUUGUUCUCACCCCUCGGCAAUCUGCCCACUUGGUCGAGUGGUUGUUGCACCCUUACCGUCUCUCUGGCCCUAUCGCGUACCGGAGCGGCGAUUUCUCUUCACGGUUCUGGUAUACCCUCCCUGCAUCAGAUAUACCCCCAUCAGGGCCAAGGCAUGACUUCUUGGUGCUUAUCCAGCCAUUUCCUCUCCCAAAACCUGCUGUUUGCCCCCCAGCAGACUCCACUGUAUUCUCCAGAAUGGGCAGAGCUGUCCAAGUUACGCUGUUCGCUGGUGGUUUUCCACCCAAAGCAAGCCCCCCGUCAAGGACGGAGGCCAGGGGAAGGAUGACCCAGGGACUUUGAGCUUCCGAGCCCACGCACACGCGCACACACACAGGCUCACACACAUUCGCGCUCAAGAGUCAACUGCCUUGAGUUGAGCCAAGAGCUGCCACCCUGGUACCCUUUCUCUC